AGCACAGGGAGUGUGCCGCUCUGAUCCACAGGUGUGAGGAUGGAGAAGAUGACCGGCAUGGACCUGCACGUGGAGACUUCUUCAGAGGGAGGUCUGAAGGAGCUGGUUCUCAGGUGGUUCACCGAGACGCAGGCGCCGCUUAUUCUCAACAACGGAAACUUUCCGGACUGGUUUCAAGGCUUCGCUGCAAGAAAGGACACAGAAGAUCUUCUGAGAGAUAAAUCUCUGGGCUGCUUUCUCAUUCGCCUCAGUGAAAAAGCCAUUGGAUACAUCCUGUCCUACAGGGGCCACGACAGGUGCCGCCAUUUUGUCAUCACUCAGGAUCAGGGCGGUCAGUUUGUGGUUUCAGGAGACUGUCAGACUCACGGCAGCCUCAAGGAGCUGAUCGAGCAUUACAGAGUCCACCCCAUCCAGCCGUUUGGAGAACACCUGACCUCCAGCUGUCAUGAGGUAAACUCAGCUGAGCUUUAUGACGUGGUGAAACUUGACACCAGAGAGAAGUUUGGGUUGAGCGUCCAGGCUCUGCGGACCCUGUGGGAUCAGAAGAACGCUCGGCUCAGCCCCCCGGUUAGUAACCACCGGACUGAGCCGCUGAAUGAUCCCUCGACAGCUCAGCCUCCUACACUGCCUCCCAAAUCUAAAAACAGGAAACUGACCGGUGCCUGGUCUGUGGACUCAACGUCACACUCACAGGGCGUUCCUCCAGUGCCAAAAAGAGGCCUUCCUCUGGGUUUCUCCCUGAGUGGAUCUCUGCCCAACACAACUUCCCAUCCAGGUGAGACCGAGGUCGACCUGGACAGAUCAGAGGGACUCAGAGGAAACACAAACCUGGACUUAUUAAAUACUGCAGACAGCAGCUAUCCAGGUGAUCUGUGUCCACCUGGGAUCACAUACUCUGAGCUGAGUCAUGUGGAGAGCAGAAGCAGAUCUCUGCCACGACUGAAUAUGGAGGAGGUGGAGUACUCAAACCAGCUCAUAUCCUCCUCCUCUUCAUCACCCGCUCCUCUGAAGAAGACCACCUGCCACACCUACUCCCUCCACGAGCCCAGAGAGCGGCCAAGCUGCUCCCAGUCAGAGCGGCCAGGUGACCAUGAGGAGAUGUCCAGGAACAACCCGCUGUACCAUCACUCUGAGGGUCCAGGAGGAAGUCCAUCACAGCCUGAAAACAUGUACGAGCUGAUCCCUGGGGAGGCUGCUGCCAAUGUUCAGGGUAACAUGUACGAGUCUCUGGAAGACAUGAAGACCAAGAAGUCCAAAUCCACCUUGGGGAAAAACAAUGUGAAUUGGAAGAAAUUCCUCCCUGACUACAUGAAGAAAUAAACAAAAGUCAAAGAGGGAUGAAAUGAAAUGUGGAAAGGUGAAAUAGAAUGAUUGGUUUUUAUUUUCAACAAAAACAUUUUAAAAUUCACAUGAAUUAAAUACAUUUGCUUUCAUUUACUUGUGUCCAAAAACAAAAAAAAGGAGAUCAUCAUUUGCUUGAGGUUUAGAAGGAAAAACAGAACUGCAGUACCCAAAGAGUCCACUUGGGUUGUCUACUACUGUGAGUCAAUCCCCAUAGAGCUCCAUGUUUAAAUGUACAACUUUACAGCUGCAGUUCCUCCAGUGUCCACUA